AUGGAAGGAGGUCAUGUUAUUACGGAUCCAAGAUUCCCGAUGAGUGAUGAGGAUGAUACCGAUGAGCCUGGAGCAGAAAUCCCGGAAGAUAACGAGAUCGUGAUUGACCCUCGAUUCGAGUCGCGAUUCAUAACCAUCUAUGGAGAGGAUGGUAUCGUUGAGCCUAUGAAUGAAGGCGACGGACCAGAAAUUCCGGAAGAGAACGAGAUCGUGAUUGAGCCUAUGAAUAUGAAUGAAGACUACAGACCAGAAAUUCCGGAAGAAGAUAACGAGAUCGUGAUUGACCCUCGAUUCGAGUCGCGAUUCCUGACCAUCUAUGGAGAGGAUGGUAUCGUUGAGCCAGAUAUUCCGGAAGAGAAUGAGAUCGUGAUUGACCCUCGAUUCGAGCAAUUCAUGCCGCAAUUCUCUUCUCUCUCUGAGUCUGAAGUGGAUGAUACUGAUGAGCCUACCAAUGAAGACUACGGACCAGAAAUUCCGGAAGAGAAUGAGAUCGUGAUUGACCCUCGAUUCGAGCAAUUAGAGUCGCGAUUCAUGACCAUCUAUGGAGAGGAUGGUAUCGUUGAGCCUAUGAAUAUGAAUGAAGACUAUGGACCAGAAAUUUCGGAAGAGAACCAGAUCGUGAUUGACACUCGAUUCCGGCAAUUCAUGUCCGUCUCUGAAGAGUAUGAUACCGAUGAGCCUACCAAUGAAGACUACGGAGAAGAAAUUCCGGAAGAGAACGAAAUCGAGAUUGACCCUCGAUUCGAGCAACUAGAGUCGCGAUUCAUGUCCCUCUACGAAGACCAUGAGCCUAUCUAUGGACCAGAAAUUCCGCUUUAG